UUCUCAGGGGCUGGUUCAUCACCUCCGAAUACUCCUGUGACAGGAGGCGCGGGCAAAACCCGCCUCCAGCCCCAAACAGCAAUAAAUAGAAGGCUCUCAGCCCAGAAGAAACAAGAAGUUUCUAGGCCUGCGUCUCUGGGUUUCUUAAGCUCCUGGCUCUUCUCUAGACAUCUCAGUGGCUCUGGCUGAGAGCCUGGACAGUCUGGGAGGACAGUGACUGGCUGAUCUCUGCUCAGCAGCCAUGGCUGAUGGUCAGAUGCCCUUCUCCUGCCACCUCCCAAGCCGCCUGCGCAGGGACCCCUUCCGAGACUCAUCCCUCCCCUCGCGCCUGCUGGAUGACGACUUUGGCAUGGACCCCUUCCCGGAUGACUUGACCGCCUCUUGGCGCAACUGGGCCCUGCCUCGAUUCUCCCCAGCAUGGCCUGGAACCCUGAGGUCAGGCAUGGUGCCUCGGGGGCCCACGGCUGCAGCCAGGUUUGGGGUACCUGCCGAGGGCAGGAGUCCCCCACCUUUCCCUGGGGAGCCCUGGAAAGUGUGUGUUAAUGUGCACAGCUUUAAGCCAGAGGAGCUGAUGGUGAAGACCAAGGACGGAUACGUGGAGGUUUCUGGCAAACACGAAGAGAAGCAGCAAGAAGGUGGCAUCGUUUCCAAGAACUUCACGAAGAAAAUCCAGCUUCCCGCAGAGGUGGAUCCUGUGACAGUAUUUGCUUCGCUUUCCCCAGAGGGUCUGCUGAUCAUCGAGGCCCCCCAGGUCCCCCCCUACUCACCAUUUGGAGAGAGCAGCUUCAACAACGAGCUUCCCCAAGACAGCCAGGAAGUCAUCUGUUCCUGAGACCUCAGUCUUGGUCCAUCUUUAUCCCUCCCCAACUCCAAGGCUUCUCUGAUUCCAGAGCACAUUACUUUAGCUGAAUGCGUAGAUUUAGUGUGACUAAAAUGUUACGGGUGGGGGUGGACUGACUACGGACUCACUGGGUAGUGCCGCAGUAGGUGUUUCCACAGGACAGUACAAUUGACAUGUCCUGCUCAAUUGCAUUAGGCCAAGAUGCUGGGAGAUUUUCUUUCUUUACCUUUUCAAUCAUGAUGAAAACGUUGCACGUUCUAUAGUUGCAAAAACAGAUAGAAGGGGACGUAAUAUUUCACAUUGUAUCUUACCUUGCAGCUAAUGCAAAAGGUUGUUUUUCUCUGGGGACCUCUCUGUCACCCAGAUUCCUAUUCUGGGCUCCUAGUUUCCAUGCCUGCCCCACGGUGUGGUUGAUGGAGCUCAUUAGCUCUCCCCAUUGUGUUUCUGCAGCCCUGGCCUCCAGAGGGUUAUACAUCGGUCUUCCCUCCCCAUGUGGGAUUUAUCCAACAGCCACAUGAAAACAGUGCCUUCUGCUCUUCACCCAGGCAUUUAUAGCAUGUUCCCAAGUUGGCACUCCCUGAGGCCUCUGGAAGCCCAUUUAUUCUCUGGCUAGAGUCUCCCCUUUCUUGUGCCUCCUAUGUCCAAUUUGGGAUUUUUACAGAGGGGGCUGUCUCCACACAGCUCCACCAGGAACCAAGCAAAGGCCAGACAGACUGGCAGGCAGGCUAGUGGUAUUGUGUAUAUGAGUGAGACAUGUGUGUCAUUGUUAUUUGAAUUGUGCUGUUGUUUAGGGGGAAGUAACAGUAAAUAAUAAUAAUAAAGGAGCUGAUGUUCUUA